ACGAGCGCGAAGAGUGGAGAGAGAGACAGCAAGCCGUCAAAAAGUCAAAACAAAAUUUUGCCGCCAUCGCUGAGGAAACCGCCAGAAUCAAGUCGUGCUGCAAGCGGUAGGGGGGUGCAUUUUCGUUUCUCUGCUGUGAUCCAAGCUGGCGGUCAUUAGUGCAUAUUAAUUAGGAAAAUUGUGUCGAUUAGGCUGGAAGUUGGUGGAAAAUGUUCUGACAAUUGCGUGGCACCCGUUGGUUGAGUUUUAUGGUGGAUAAUUCACGAGAAAGAUGCGACAAUUGAUGGCCACUCCGCCGGCGACGUCAUCGUCUUGCUGCUUCAUUUGCAAGAGUCCCGAGGAUAAUGAGCUUCUAUUGGGGAAGUUUCACAAAAAGUGGCGCAUUCGAGUGCACUACCACUGUCUGCUGCUGACGUCGAAUUUGGUCCAGCAUGGGGAAGACGAGGAGGGAAUCUUUGGAUUCAUGGAGGAGGACAUCAGAAAUGAGGAAGCUCGUAUCCGAGGACAAAAGUGUUACAUCUGCAAGGAACGGUAUGCAAACAUUUCGUGUUGCGCGAAGAAGUGCUUCCGUUCAUUCCAUACGCUUUGUGGGAUCCAGAAUGAGUGCCUGUCGCAUUACGUGGAUACGUUCCAGUCGUGGUGCGAUAAGCACGUAGCGCUGGUGGAUAAGGUGAAACACUCCGAGACCGAAGCUUGUGGGAUUUGCUACGAUGAGAUGGGACCGUACAGGAAGCUGGAAUCGAUUCGUGCCCCGUGCUGUCAGAAUGGCUGGUUCCAUCGGAGCUGCGUGGCACAGUUUGCCCAAUCGGCGGGGUACUUUUUCAAGUGCCCUUUGUGCAACAAUAAGGACGACUUUAGCCAGCAGAUGCAGCAGCGUGGCAUUUAUAUUCCGGAAAAGGAUGCCUCGUGGGAGCUGGAACCGAAUGCAUUCAACGAUCAGUUGGAACGUCCUUCGGAGUGUGACGCUGAAGAGUGCCGCUGUCGGAAUGGGCGAGAUUACGACGAUUGCAAGCGUUGGGAUCUGAUCCUGUGUGCAACGUGCGGUUCGACUUGUCGCCAUGAUCAGUGCAUGGAGGUUCCCUCGAAGAACUAUGUUUGCACCUUUUGUCGUCCGAUUGUUGGUGAUGAGCCGCCGGAAGCGGUUUUGAAGCUAGCCGAGGCUUCCCGAAGAGCGGAAGCAGCAAGACGGGCGGAAGCCGGUAACGAUAGCAUAGAGGGGAGUUCUAGGGGCCGAUCACGUGGCAGACGUCAGAUGGAAUCGGCUGAUUCAGAUUCUGAAGAGUCAGUUGCAUCGACGAGCAAACGCAAAUCUCAGAAAAGACGAACCACAAUAGACAGUGACGACAGCGAUUCCGAUCUGGUUUCUAAACGAAAGAAACCAGCGUCGAAGCGACGGCUGUCCACGUCUUCGUCUAGUUCUUCCUCGUUGGUUUCUUCGAAUGGCGAAGAAAUCAGUCUGGAGGAACUGGUCAAGAAGAUUCCACUGCCACGAGGAGCUUCCGUCGAAAAAUUGCUUCGAACCAAACCGGUCGUAAGGCUCGAGAAGCUCAGCUCGGAAAAGAUCAAAUCGUUGACUUCCUCGGAGAAUGAAGACGAAGCAUCCUCCGCCGGAUCGUCGACCGUGUUCGAUUUCAACUAUCGUGUGAAGUUAAAUAAAAAGCAGCGCCGAAAAUCGAUGGUAGAAUUGCAGUCGAUCAAAGAAGUCAUCCGUUCCGACACGGACACGCUAACGGAUGCCUCGGUGGGACAGGAGAUCGUGCGUCCCAAGACGCCUGCCCAGAAAUCUUUUGCAAAGCAGUUCAAACUGAAGCUUCUCGGGUCGAAAACCGUGCCACGAAAACGGUCCACCAGCGAGUCUGAUCCGGAGUACGUUACAGCGAAGAAAGCAUGUCCAUCGCCCAGCAGCAAAAGUCGCGUUGCCCUUUUCCCAUCCAACGACGCGGAAAACACAUGCCCAAACAGUCCAAUGAAGUCCUCCGUCGAACCAAUCGACGUCAUCGACCUAUCCGCCUCCCCGAUUCCAUCUUCGCUAAUCGAACCGAAACUGCUUCAGCGGCAGCCCGUAUUCCCGCCAACGCCGCCGCCAUUGUUCAGCGACAGUAGCUGUAAGCCUUCGACCAGCAGUGAAGGUCACCAGCAGCAGAAGACGCUGAACAGUUUCUUCAGGAAGACUCCUCCGGAAGAGGAAGGCUCCGCUACGAAUGCUCCUGCUGAUGGUGGAGGACCCGGCAGCAGCGGCAGUGCAAUAGCCGCUCGUACUACUAAGCCUCCAAAGAGUGCGAAGAAGCCUAUCGUUUCGAAAACACCGAAAACCAUCCGGAAAAAGCUUGUGAAGUUGGAUCGUAGCCAACGUAAUCUACUGGACUUUUUUAAUCGAUGCUGACGUGCUACUAUCACCAACCACCUACGGCGUUUGAACGGUGGCGUAAUUUUGCAUUUGAUGAAAACUGAACCCGAUUUAUCUAUGGACUACGGAUUCUUAUGAAACGAAUCAUUUAUCAAUCUUAACAUUUUUCGCAGUUCAAUAUAACAAGUUUUGUAAUGAUUA